AACGGGAAACUACUAGUCCCAAAUUCGAGAUUUAUAGAAAUAUUUCAAUGAUCCCUCCUGAUUAUGGCAUGUCUUACUGUAAAACCCGUGGGAUCACAAAAUAUUAAGGAGCUCGGGCGCAGAAAUCGGAUCGGUGUGUUGCAGUCACAGAGCUCAGUUGCAGUUUACCGUUACCAGUUCCAUAUCAAAUGCGCACCACCAGGGGAGGUUAUAAAGUAGUCAGAUGCCCUCGAUGCAAAUAGAUCAUUGCAGUUUUUUGCUAUGCGCACAGGGAAUCCGACACAAACACAAUGGGUUACGCGCGAAAAACAGAAUUUCCCGCGGAUGGGUGUCAACAUUGCAUGUUUUUUGUUGAAGUACUACGGAGUAGUUAGUACUUGCAAUACAAUUUCUACUUGAAUGAAUGGUUUGCUACUCAUCGGUGGUAGACGAUUUUUGUACGAAGCUUGUAAGCGGCGACUUUUCGAUAGAUUUGAAGGGCUCCAGUCACAUCCUGUGUUUCAUUGCAGACAACGAAAUCUGAUCAAAACUGAAGCAAAUUUGUUGCGGAGACCUUCCUUCCACUUAACCAUGGCGCAGCGAUCGAUAAUGUCAUUUUUCAGUCCCAAGCGGCAUAUGGGAACAACAGACAAAGUGGCAUCAUCUGGAAACAUACAGGAUGAUAGAUCUCCACUGAAAGUAAAGAAUAGUACAAACCAAGAGUCGCCAGUCGAGCAAACACGGAAGAAAUUUCGGCGCAUCCUUGAUAGUGACGAAGAGGAUAGCAAUGAGAAUGUGAGCAGGACCACACCCACCAAGACCGCACCCGUGGAGAGCCCACCCAUGGAAGACACACCCAAGAGGAAGGCUGCCACAGCUGACGAAUUGGCCUCUGACCCCAUCCCACCAUCGCCCGUUACCCCAUCUCAAGCACUGGAAACAGCUUCACCAUCAUCUACACCAGGCAGCAUACCUCUCAGAAAGACUGCACGGAAACAUAUGAGAAAGAGGAAAGCGGAGGAACAGAAGGGGGAGGAACAGGAUAUUGCCACACCCAUCAAGGCAGAAUCAGAAUCUAAGAAGAUCAAAACAGACAAGCUAUUGACCCCAGAAACCACCUCGGAAGAAGCAACUAAAAGCACUACCGAGGUGGACUCGCCUGUGACAAAAGUCAAAGAAGAAAUGAUGGAUGGCGUGGAGGAACCUCCAGAAGCAAAGGAGGAUAUGCAGGAUGGCAAAAACGGAAAAGCCAAACCCAGAGAUACUAAGAAGGAAAAGAAGUCCCCUAAAGCCAAGAAUUCUGAAACUAGAGAAAAGAAAGCCGAGACCAAAAAGGCCAAAACGCCACCGAAGAAAGACUCCAAGCGGGAGGUGCUGAAACCGUCAAUAAAAAAUGAAAGCAAAGGAGCAGAAGAAUCAAAGGCUUCAGGUAACAAGACAGAGAAAAUGACGUCACCCAAAGUGAAAGAAGAAGUAGCGUCACCAGCUGGCAGCAAGACAUCGAGUGUGACAGAGGAGGAAAGAGACAAAGGGGAGAAACCAAAGGAUGGCAAGACUCCAGCCAAGAACGUAUUUGGAAUGUUUUCCAAGGUGGCUGCGUCGGACAGUGUGGAGUACAACCCUGGAGCCCCCCGGUACCAUCCAGUUAAAGAUGCCUGCUGGAAGCAAGGAGAAAGGGUUCCAUACUUGGCCUUAGCUAAGACCUUUGACAUUAUAGAGGCCACCUCGGGCCGGUUGAAGACCAUCGAAACCUUGACUGACUUUCUGACAUCUGUCUUGGUGCUGAGUCCCAAGGACAUGGAGAUGUGUGUGUACUUGUGCCUGAAUAAGAUUGCACCGGCAUACGAGGGAAUAGAGCUUGGCAUCGGAGAGACAAUACUAAUGAAAGCUAUCGCGCAAAGCACAGGGCGCACAGUGGAGAAAGUAAAAGCUGAUGCUGCACAACAGGGUGACUUGGGACUCGUUGCACAGAGCAGCCGCAGCAACCAGCGUACGAUGUUCACCCCAGCCAGGCUGACAGUGCUGAAGGUCUUCAAUACAUUGAAAGAAAUAGCCACAAUGUCAGGCAAUGCUUCCAUGUCUAGGAAGAUUGAGAAGAUUAAGAGUCUUCUAGUUGCCUGCAGGGAUUGUGAGUCCAAGUACAUCAUCAGAUCUUUAGGUGGGAAACUACGCAUCGGUCUUGCCGAACAGUCAGUUCUCGUUGCCAUUGGUCAUGCAGCCGUCAUUUCUCCCCCUGGAAUAGCUGUGGAUAGUGUUUUAUCAAAGAGCAAAGUAUCUGACGCUUUGAAGAAGAAGAUGGACGAUGCAGCACUGAUCAUCAAGACAACCUAUUGUGAACUUCCAAACUAUGGGGCUAUCAUCCCGGCCUUGCUUGAGCACGGUUAUGAAAACCUACCCGAGCACUGCAAGCUGACCCCUGGCAUCCCCCUCAAGCCCAUGCUGGCGCACCCCACCAAGGGGGUGUCGGAGGUCCUGAAUCGCUUCCAAAAUAUGGCCUUCACCUGCGAGUACAAGUACGAUGGGGAGAGGGCACAGAUCCACCUUCUUGGCAACAGGAAGAUACACAUCUACAGUCGAAAUCAGGAGAAUAACACCUCUAAAUACCCGGAUAUUAUCAAGCGCUUGCCCAGUGCCUAUGAUCCCGAAAAGGUGAAGACUUGUGUUCUGGAUGCAGAAGCCGUGGCAUGGGAUCGUGAGAAUCAGCAGAUCCUGCCGUUCCAAGUCUUGAGUACCAGAAAGCGAAAGGAUGCAGCGGAAGCAGAGAUCAAGGUCCAGGUCUGCCUCUUCGUCUUUGAUCUGCUCUUUCUCAAUGAGGAGUCUCUUGUGACAAAGACACUUCGCAAGAGGCGGGAGCUACUCAACUCUCACUUCACCCCAGUUGAGGGAGAGUUCAUGUUUGCCAAGUCCAUGGUUUCCACGGAUACAGAAGACAUUGCUUCCUUCCUUGAUGAGUCCAUCAAAGGAAACUGCGAAGGUUUGAUGGUGAAAACAUUGGACGAGGAUGCUACCUAUGAAAUUGCUCGCCGCUCACACAACUGGUUGAAAUUAAAGAAGGACUACCUAGAAGGUGUUGGGGACACUCUCGACCUUGUUGUCAUCGGUGGCUACCAUGGGCGGGGCAAAAGGGCGGGAACAUAUGGGGGCUUCCUGUUGGCCUGUUACGACGAUGAGAAUGAAGAGUUCCAGACAAUCUGUAAGAUUGGCACUGGUCUCAAAGACGAGGAGUUGGACACCCACAGCAAGUUCUUCAAGGCCCAUGUCAUAGACAAGCCCCGCCCGUACUACCGUCACGACACAAGCCACACCCCAGACCACUGGUUUGAUGCUGUUCAGGUGUGGGAGGUCAAAGCGGCUGAUCUCUCCGUCUCUCCAACUCACCGGGCAGCCAUCGGCAUUGUCGACCCUGAGAAAGGUAUCUCCCUGCGAUUUCCUCGCUUCCUGCGAGUGCGAGAUGACAAGAAGCCAGAAGAAGCCACCAACAGUUCACAGGUUGCAAGUCUCUACAACAACCAAGAUCAGAUUAAGAACCAGAAGGCAACAGGUGUUCUCAAACCUAAGGCCAGCGAAGACUUCUAUUGAAAGGAGAAUAAAAGAGAAAAGUGUCUGAAAUAGUCAGGCGGCGGGUCGCAAAAGUUCAUUUAGUACUCAACAAAAAGAACCUGCACCAAUUAAACUCAUCAAUUUUGGGCUUUUCAGAUUUUGGAACAAAAUAUGUUAAACUAUGUAUUGCAAAUGUUGCCCUUUGUCUGUUUUAUAGGGAGUUUAUUUUAUUGUCAUAAUAAUCGGUUUUGUUCAUCCUAAGACGCGGGUUGUCUAAAAUUGGUGUCAGAUAGCAAUUAUCCUGUCGACUCAAUUUCUCGGGCAAUAAAUGCUUUGCUUACAUUGUGUUUUUGGUCAUCCAUACACAAAAUGUGUGUAAUAUCUUUAUUAAUGCCUUUUUUUACCAGCAGAUGUUUCAAAAAUAAUACCUAAUGCUGAAUCCGAAUCUGUUGUCUAGAGCUAGGUCUAAGUCUUCACUCCAUUUGAAAUACGCAGAGACAUUCAGACAGUAGACCUAGCCGUAGCUCUGGUAGCCCGUUUCGGACACAGCCUUACCUUACGUUCCCAUUAAAUAUCUGUCCCCACAAUAUCUAUUGGCAAGUUCGAUCGCUGACAAACGGUCAACCCAAAGUCGACUUUGCCGGGUAACCUACGCGUGAAAUAUAUACAGGGCACCAGGCAGAAUCGACUGGUGGUUCAUAAAUUGUCCCUGAUCAAACUUACCAUAUGUUUCAGUACCUGCGUAAUUCCCCACAACUACCGUACAAAUGGGCCUAAAAGUUUAGAGCAUGUAUACUUGAUUGCUGGAGGAAUCAAGUUUGAAUCGAGCUUUAGCAUGAAGGGCCCUUUUUUAUUGAUAUGUAAAUUUUGUGUACAUACUGUGAAAGUGUGAGAAAUGUCCGGCUUUUCAGAUAAACUGUGGCACUCAAAAUGUAUUCAAGUCAAAUCUGAUUUCAGAGUUGUCUUCGGUUAUAGCCGAAUGAGAAAGAUUUAAUUCUGAUAGCUGUUUUUCUGUCUUUUUUUCAGUAGUUUUGUUGAAACAUCAUACUGGUAAAUUUCAGUCCAGUUGGGAUAGGACGAACAAUGGCAGAACUGACAAUAGAAAAAUCUUCAAAUGAAUUACUUCAUCUUUCCUUCUUUCAUCAGAAGAGGAAAACACUUCGUUAUCCCCGUGAUUUUAAUGAGAUAUCAGAUGUCUUUAGAGCAAAAUUGUCUGUUGGAGAAUAAAAUUAAUAGUAUUAUGUGUGCACUGAA